AUGUCGGCUCAAAUAAAACGUUUUGAUGCAUAUGCUAAAACCUUAGAUGAUUUUCGUGUACGAACAACAAGUGGUGGUCUAGUUACAAUACUAAGUACAUUUAUAAUUUUAAUAUUAUUUUAUCUUGAAUUACAAUAUUAUUUAACGACUGAUAUUGAACAAGUUUUAUUUGUCGACACAAGUCGUCAAGAAAAAAUGAAUAUAACGAUUGAUAUUCGAUUUCCAGUUUUACCAUGCAGUUAUUUAACUAUUGAUGCUAUGGAUGUAUCGGGAGAAUCACAAACGGAUAUCAUACAUAAUUUAUAUAAAACAAGAUUAGAUUUAAAUGGAAACGCUCUAGCAAAUGAAAUUAUGAAAGUAUCACUUCAGCCACUAGCGAAAAUAAAUGGCACACAACAGAAUAUAACAAAUGUUCCGGGAUGUGAAUCUUGUUAUGGAGCAGAAUCUGAGGAACAUAAAUGUUGUCCAACAUGUGAUGAUGUGAAAGUAGCGUAUAGAGCAAAAGGAUGGUCAUUUGAUGCAACUGUUGUACAACAAUGUGUUCGUGAAGGUCAAGCAAUUGGUAUGCUUAGUGCAAAUUCUCCUGAUAAUUUAACUCAAAUGAAUGAAGGUUGUCGUGUUCACGGUUAUUUAGAAGUUAAUAAAGUUGCUGGAAAUUUUCAUAUAGCACCUGGUCAAUCAUUUCAACAACAUCAUGUUCAUGUUCAUUCAUUACGAAAUAUACGUUUAAAUCUAUUAAAUACAACACAUUAUAUAGAUGAUUUAUCAUUUGGUGAAUAUUUUCCUAAUCAAAUAAAUCCAUUAUCAAAUUCAAAACAAAUAGCAAAUACUGGUGCAGUUCUUUUUCAUUAUUAUGUUAAAAUAGUUCCAUCAACAUAUGUUUUUUUAAAUAAAACUCAAUUAAGCACAAAUCAAUAUUCUGUUACAAAGCAUCAAAAAGUUAUUCAAAAUAUCUUAGAUAGUAAUAGUCAUCAAUUACCUGGAACAUUUUUUACAUAUGAAAUUAGCGCGAUUAUGGUUAAAUUUGUUGAACGACAACGAUCAUUAGCUCAUUUUGUAACGUCGUCAUGUGCUAUUAUUGGUGGUGUUUUUACAGUAUCAAGUAUUAUUGAUGCAUUUUUAUAUCGUGGUAGUUGUCUUCUUCGUAAAAAAAUGGAAAUAGGCAAAGCAACGUGA